GAGCAUAAGCUAGAAAUAUAUUCACAUUGUUUACAGAUAAAUAAGCAUGCCUUCUCUGGAGGUCAGGCAACGAUAGAGGAGCAUCGAGAAAAGGGAGGAAAUUGUGAAGUGGACAUCUCGUAUCAAUACCUGCGUUUCUUUCUUGAGGAUGAUGAAGAGCUAAAACAAAUUGAAAAGAAUUACAGUAGUGGAGAGCUGCUUACUGGAGAACUCAAAAAGAAGCUUAUCAGUGUUCUUCAGCCUAUAAUUGCUGCACAUCAGGAAUGUCGAGCAAAAGUUACAGAUCAGAUAGUGCGAGAUUUCAUGACUCCUCGUAAACUGAAGUAUGGCUAUUGUUAAAUGAAUAAAUUAGUAUGGUGAUACCUAUGAAGACACUUUCAUGCCUUGUUCAACAUGAACCAGCAACUAGGUACAUGAGCAAGGUUAUUCUUAAUUGACAUAAAAAUCAAUUAUGAUGUGGGAGAUUUCUGCCUUGAAUUGAGAGAUAGUAAUGACAAAUAUUUAAAAUAAGACCUAAUAGUUUAAGGCUGUAUGUUGUGACAUAUGCUUAGUUUUUGCUCUAACUAAAGACUUGCAUACACUAUCCUGUUUAUUAUACAGGCAUUGGGUGAGGUGAUGAGUGUAUUGAACUGAAUUCUAUGUUUCCAGCGUUCUUAGUAAAACAGUGACACAGCUGUGAAAGUGUUAAAUUUCAGUAGAGAUAGUCAUUGAAGAAGUGAAAAUGGAAAACACUUCUGGCAUCCUUACCAUUUGUCUGUUUUGUUCUUUUUUUU